GGGUCCAGUAAUGGCGGCCGAGGCAGUGCUCCGUCUCCUGGCUUGAAAACAAUAACUUGGGGUUUCUGACUGUCCACACUGCAACCAACCACUCGUCCUCCUGUCACACCGCUGCCCCCGUAGACUAGUACAAGGUGACAGCAACAUGGCACAAGAGCAGAACAGGACGUUGUACGUUGGCAACCUGGACAACUCGGUCACCGAGGACCUCAUCAUGAUGCUGUUUGGCCAGCUGGGUGAGGUGCGCAGCUGCAAGAUGUUCCGUGAACCCACUACUGACCCAUAUUGCUUUGUCGAGUUCUGUGAUCACAUGACAGCUCUCAAUGCCAUCACCAUGAUGAAUGACAAGAUGCUUCAGAAUCGAAAAAUGCGAGUUGACUGGGCCACUGGUCAAGGUAACAAGAACAAAUAUACAAAAGUAGACACAAGUAGGCAUCACCAUGUAUAUGUUGGAGAUCUUAGUCCAGAAAUAGAUGAACAAGCCCUUAGGGAAGCCUUCCAGGUGUUUGGAGAGAUCUCGGACUGCAAAGUAGUAAAAGACCCACAAAGCUUUAAAUCUCGAGGCUAUGGUUUUGUGGUUUUUGUGAAAAAGAUGGAUGCAGAGACAAGUAUUAGUGCCAUGAAUGGUCAGUGGCUUGGCCGAAAGAUGAUUAAAACGCGCUGGGCUACUCGGAAGCCAGCAAACACUCCAAAUGAAACCAAACCUGAACAAAAGAAGCUAAACUAUGAUGAAGUGUUCAACCAGACAACACCCACGAACACUACAGUGUUCUGUGGGGGAUUAAAGCAAGACAUUACUGAAGAAAUGUUGCACAAGUCUUUUCAGCCCCAUGGACAAAUAGAAAAGAUUAAGAUCUUCAAGGAAAAGGGCUAUGCUUUCAUAAAAUACACCAGUAAGGAGAGUGCGUGUCAGGCAAUUGUUGAACUUCAUAAUUCUAAUUUAAAUGGACAAAUGAUUAGGUGUUCUUGGGGUAAAGACACUGGAGUGGACCAAACCAGCAAUCCAGCGCAAGAAGCUAAUGGUGCACAGCCCAGUAUGCCUAGCUACCCUAAUGGUGGUGGCUUUCCCAACCAGAUGGGCCAGAUGGGGUACUGGCAGUAUUACCCACAGCAGAUGCCCUACAACCAGAUGCCCUACAACCAGUACCCCUAUGGCUACCAACCCAAUCCUAGUUACAUGUGGAUGGGCUGGGGGCAGCAGGGUUGGGGCCAGCCCAGCCAACCAGCACCUCCAGCACCUCAGCAGGGACAACCUCAGCAGUGAGGUACUGAUGCUAGGAGGCCUGCAGACACCAAGCCCACGAUGCUUCAUUUUCAUCUUUGCCUAAGGCAGGGAAGCUUUGAUUCCAAAUGUAUGGUAUACAUAGGAGAAGCUUACUAAGUAAACUGGCUGACGCAUUCCUCUCUUGUUGCAGGGGUGCUGUGUUGCCUUGUUGUCCUAUUUAAGUGCAACACUGCAGAAAUAAUAAUUACUCAGAAUGACCAACAACUACCCAGAGUGCUGGACAAACAGUGAUGUCUGCUUGUGGCUUAAAGACACAGGAUUUCGCAAGUAUGAAGAGAGUUUUAAAAAGCACGCAAUAGAUGGAGAGGCUUUGUUGAUGUUAACAGAGAAAGACCUCAAGGAAGACUUGCAAAUUAGUGUACUUGGUGAUGCUAAGAGAUUGCUGGCAGCCAUAACAAGGCUGAACAGACCAGGUCUGCCAGGCUUCUCUGACCCUCACAACAGUGUUCCUCAGGCAGCAUCUUCCCCAUCCUCCCAUAACAAUCAUCAAUAUAAGCCCUUCACACUCAACACGCUUUCAGCUGGUUUGCCACGCUCCCGGUCAAGAAACUAUUCAUCUGACUCCCAAGCAUCUGAUCUACCUGAUCAGUCCAGAGUUGGCAAUUUAAGACGUGCUAGUGGAGUUGCCACUCAGUUAAGGCCUGAGUACUUUAGGACUGCUAUCUCCUUCCUGUAUGUCUUGCUGGUAACCUGGAUCACUGCAUUUGUCAUGGUCUUUGUGCAUGACAGGGUGCCAGACAAGGAAAGACAUCCACCUCUACCAGACAUCUUCCUGGACAAUGUUCCUCACAUCUCAUGGGCAUUUCAGCUGUGUGAGAUAACCAUCAUCACACUCGCCUCAGUUUGGUUUGGAAUUCUGUUCUUCCACAAACACAGGUCCAUAGCCUGCCGAAGAUUCUGUGCCCUGUCUGGCUCAGUGUUGCUGCUUAGGUGUGCUACAAUGUUCAUCACUAGUCUUUCAGUCCCUGGAUCCCACUUGGAAUGUGCUCCCAGGGGUCACAGUGAUAUUUGGACAAAAAUGAGUCAAGCGUAUCUUAUCUGGCGAGGAGGUGGCCUUAGCCUGAUGGGAGUGCGUACUUGUGGAGACUACAUGUUCAGUGGUCACACUGCCACCCUCACACUCCUCAAUUUUUUCAUCACAGAAUAUACACCAAGAAGAGUGUAUUACUUGCACAUUUUCUCCUGGGUGCUGAACAUGUUUGGCAUUUUCUUCAUCUUGGCAGCCCAUGAACACUAUUCCAUUGAUGUGUUCAUUGCCUUUUACAUCACAUCCCGCAUGUUCCUGUACUACCACUCUCUGGCCAACAACCGUGCCCUGCAACAAAGAGACUCCUUCAGAACAAAGAUAUGGUUCCCAAUGUUUAGUUACUUUGAGGCUCACAUUGAUGGUAUUGUUCCUAAUGAGUAUUCCAAUCCUUUAGCUGCAGGGAAAUUUAUAAAGCUUGCUAAAAGCCUCUUUGUAUUUGUAAAGUCGAGCGUUUUGAUUGGGAAGGAGAAGACUAACUAGUAUUUGACAUGAAGAUUUGUUUGGUGUUAUAUAUUUUUCAGGUUGCAAAUAUGCUCAAAUAUCCUAUCUGUUAAUAUGCAGUAUAAUAUAGUUCUUAAAAAAAAAGAGCUACUUGAGAAAAUUCAGUCCAUUAUCUAUUGUAUUAUUUGUUUGAUGUUGCUGCAAUCAAUCUCUCAAAUAUUUCUUUUAUAAUUUCAUACCAUUCUUCCUCUACCUUUACGAAGCUGUGAUUUUAUUUCUACUACCCUCUAUCUUGGCUAAGACAUUUUUUCUGUUCAUGCAUUUAAAUAAGACAUCCUUUAAAAGAUUGAAAAAUCAAAGUUAUUACAUGCAUCUGUCAAAAACUGGCUCAAAAUUUGCUGUGCAUUUUUGCCUUAUGGACUGAUACUCACAAUCCCUAGAUGUGGCAUUUUGCUUCUGCUGAUCUUGUUCUUUGAAUGUGUUGCCACUUGUGCAGACUCUAAUUUAAUCCUUUCAUGCAGUUGAUAUUACAUGAACCCUGUACAAAAUAAAGUUAGCAAGAUUAGAAUAAAA